AAAAUUAAUUUGCAACACGAUAUCAAUUAUUUGGGGUUGCUAAAUACAUAUUUAGAAAAUAAAUAAAAAAAAAAAAAACAAAAUAGAAAAAUUCAAAAGAGAAAAAAAAAAAACACACACAAAAUAUAAAAAAUUUAAUUUAAUAAAGUAAUUUAAAUAAAUUGAAUAUAAAAUAAAAAUAAAUUAUUGAAAACUCCUAAAACAGAAAAAUUGCAAAAUUUUUCCCAAUCAAAUAAAUUUUUUCCUGCAAACGUUAAAUAUAACAGCCUAAAUCUGGAUUUUCAUCAGGAAAGCUUUUUUAACUCCGCUCCGCCCAUAUCAAUGAUGAAUCAGGACAAUCCAUAUGCGAUGAAUCAGACCUGUAAGGUCUGUGGCGAACCGGCGGCAGGUUUCCAUUUUGGCGCAUUCACGUGUGAAGGUUGCAAGUCAUUUUUCGGCCGCUCCUACAACAAUUUGUCUUCCAUCUCGGAUUGCAAAAACAACGGCGAAUGCAUCAUCAACAAAAAGAAUCGCACAGCCUGCAAGGCUUGCCGCCUGCGCAAAUGUCUGAUGGUGGGCAUGUCCAAGAGUGGCUCCCGUUAUGGACGCCGAUCGAAUUGGUUUAAGAUCCAUUGUCUGUUGCAGGAACAGCAGCAACAGGCGGCAGCUGCCAUGGCGGCGCAUCAGCAAAAUCAUCAGCAUCAACAACAGCAACAGGCACAGCAUCAAACGGCGGGGCAUCAUCCGGGUUUGUUGGCGGCCCGGGGUGGUAUACCACCACCAGCUGCCGCGGCUGCAGCCCUAGGUAUGCUGGGCCAUGCCGGAGCCUAUCCAGGGCUCUAUCCACCACGUACCAAAGAAGAAUUGAUGAUGUUGAGCCUGGAAGAAUAUGCCAAACAUCCGGUAACCUCACCCUCGGUUAGUUCGCCGGAUUCCCAUAACUCGGAUAAUUCAGGGGAGGUAAAUGGUAGAGGGGUGGCGGCCAGUAAUCCCGGUUUGCUGCACUUAUCCGCCAAACAUGUUGCCGCCGAAUCAGCCUCCGGUUCCUCUGCCUCCACAAAUGCCAAUGUUCCUGCACCCCAUCCCCUGAGGAAAGAUCUACCGCCCUUCUUGCCCUUGUCAUUUCCCGCCCUGUCAUCAAUGCCUGUCAUGCCACCACCCAGUUUUCUACCUCCAUCACAUUUGCUGUUCCCCGGCUAUCAUCCUGCCCUCUAUCAACAUGCCCAUGCAGGGCUGCUGAAACCCUCACCGGAGCAACAGGUUGCCGCCGCAGCAAUGCAUCAAUUAUUUCAAAAUUCUCCCAGAUUUCAUGGUGUUCCCAAUCCCACCACCAGUCCCCUGGCCAUGCAUGAGAGUCAUCACAAACUAACCCCGUCCGAAGAUAAACCUGAUAGUCCUCGAUCCGAUGCCUUGAACAAUAAUCACAUACCCAAUGGCAGUAAGGCUGCCGAGGAGUUAACCAAGAGAUUCUAUUUGGAUGCGGUACUAAAAUCCCAGCAACAGCAGCAGGCCCAUAGCCCUCCACCAGCCACCAAAUUGCCGAAUCUCAGCAAACAUGAUCAUUCCAUUAGUGCCCUGGUAACACCCAAUUCGGAGAGUGGUAGGGCUCAACACAAUCAUUCCCGCCAAAGUAAUGAGGAGGAGGAACAAGAGAGGGAGGAGAGUCCGAAUAAAAACCGCUCCCACGAAACCCAAGCCAAUGGCCAUGAUGGAGAGAGGUCUAGAAAUGUGGGCGAAGAAAAUAAUGCAAAUGAGGAAGAAGAUGAAGAUUUAGUGGUUUCAAUGACCCCACCCCACUCCCCCUUGGAGGUUGAUGAUGGUCCCCAUCCCAGAUGUGAUGAUGAAAAAUCUCAAAACCCCAAUGCCGAACAUAACUCUCAAGACAAUCCCAUCGAUUUAAGCAUGAAAGCUGUGAGCUCGGUGACCAGCACGGUCAGUGAGGGUAGUCAGAGUAGUGGCAGGGGGGCCCAGAUUAGGGCUAAUGAUAAAUGUGAUUCAUCCUCCUCGUCCUCUGAAACAGAAAAUGAAAAGGAAAAGACCGCGAGGGUUUUGGAUCCGUGGAAGACUUCGGAGGAAUUGAUUAGAAAAAGAGAUCAUGAAAAAUCGAAUUUGAAGAGAAAUCUUUCUGAGGAGAGUAACAAAUUGGGGGAGCCGGAGGAGAUACCCAGGAAAAUUGCUAAAUUGGGAACAGCGGCAUUGGAUUUGACACAGAAAAUUUGAGAAACUGCAGAUCGAGAUGAGUAAAAGAGAUCACUAUAUCUUUCAAGCUUUGGGAGAAAUAAAGGAAUAAAAAAGGAGGGAAAGGGAUAAAUCUGGUUUGAAGAGGAAACUAUCAGAGUAGAAUAAAAAAUUGGAGGAAUCGGGAAGUAUACCCACAGAAAUUUAAAAAAAUAAUUAUAAAUUGCACAGUGCAAGAGAGAGAGAGAGAGAGUGAGAUAAGAGAGAGGGAGAAAUGAUGAUAUAGAUCUGCCUCUAUUCAAGGCCUAGGAAUAUAAUUUUUUCACACUUAGAGAGAGAGUUUUGAGGAAACUUAAAGAGAGAGAGUGAGUGAGUGUAUGAUCUUUACAGAGAACUCACCAUCAAAAAUCGCCACCGAAAACAGAGAAAAGUGAAUACAAGUAUAACCAAUGCCACUAGCGUACGUUUUUGGGCAGUUUUGCACAUCAAUGAAAUAUAGCUGAACUAAUUGAAAUUAAAAAAGAUAAUUUAAAAAAAAAAUACCGGAAAAUAUAAAAUAAAUUUUUCCGGAAAAAUUGGAAAAGUCCUGUGAAUUAAAAGAGAACAUUUUACAUAAUUUCAAGUGGGUAAUAAAUUGGAAAUUUUAG